AAUGCUCCAAACAUGGAUAGGUGUGGAGAGUGUUUUGCUCUUUUCCCAUCAUGCUUUUUAAUGGAUUUAAAUUGGUGUAAUGUAGAUGUUUGUUUGGUGCAUGAACAUAAUACCCACAAAGUUCAAUGAGCAGGUUGUGCUAUCUGUGAAUUUAUUUUAUUUAUUUUCUGCACCAUGACUAGGGAAGGUUGUUUGCAUUUGGUCAUAUAAAUUAAUGCUGUAAAAAUCAAAGUCAUUGAUUUGAAAUACUCACAUUGUCCACUCGAUGGCACCAAAAUGAAAGCAAUUUCCCUGCAAGCAAAAUUCCAAAUUCAACUCUUGAUGUUUCGCGGUUCUAAAAGCCACAACAGUUUUUUGGCAGAUAACGUCUGACUGGCACCCCAUCUGGACUUAUUUUGGGACAAAGCGUCCCAUCUCGUGGGAUUCGCUCCAUAGACUGGACUGAAGCGAAGUCAUUCACUGGGAUUACAGAUUAAGAUUUCCCCCCUCACCGCUUUGGUUGAGUUAAUCUGGGGAUUACGAUGUCAACAGACUGGAGCUACAGGGGGAGAAAUUUAAUUGUGAUGAGAAGAGCGGCGCCGGCCCUCAGAUUACAGCGCGGUCCCUGAGAAACCAGACACGAGAGUCCAUGUUUGUGCCUUUUGUCGUGCUGAACAAGACCAACGCGGGACACGGAUAUUUCCUUCGGGCAAAGCAUUUGUCUUUGGGGCGGAACUGCAGUGAAAUAAUGUUCAAGAGGUUGAGUGAGUGGUAAAACGGUUGCCGUGUUAGCGGUAAUCCUGCUCUCGUCUCUGGAGCACCAGGUGACAACUCCUGAGGUUCCUCCCGAGGUUCCUUCCGAGGUUCCCCCCGCUGCCACUGUCCAAACUCAAGGUUGUACUAAAACCAAGAAGAUGAAAGUGAAAUGGACCCAACUGGGUUUGGUGUUCUUUCUGGUCCUGUCUAUGGUGAUGACAGGAUGCUUCUUCUGGCAAUAUCAGCUCCCAAAGAUCCAACCAGAUGAAGUGCUGGGUCGCAACUCCAAGCUUGAAAUGAGGUGUCCUCGCUUCCCCGAGCCUUUACCACUGCAGCAUCCCAUUCCCAGUCUGAAAGAUGCUCUGGAAAAGGUGGACGUUUUGCUCCGCCAGAGCAUCCAUCCUGUCAGCCUCCCCGCUCUCUCCGCCAUCAUCGUCCUCAAUGACACGGUUUUGUGGACAGGCAAUUUUGGCAAGAGAAACAGCUCGGAUGCCUUUUCAGGACCCCCCAAUGAGUACACGGUCUACAGAAUCGCCAGCCUGUCGAAGAUCUUCCCCACGCUGAUGUUGUACCGGCUGUGGGAGGAAGGCAAAAUCAGCUCCUUGGACGACCCCCUGGAGAAGUACGUGGAGAACUUCACCAUCAAAAACCCCAUGGGAAAGACACGGGACUCUGAGCUCAAAUACGUGACGGACGGUCUGAUCUUUCUGGACAGUGGCGAGGUUCCCAUCCGCUCAUCCUCUGUGACGCUGCGCAGGAUGGCCAGUCAGCUUUCCGGCUUGCCAAGAAGACUCCGAGCCACCAACCUCCUUUGGAAAGGAAAAACUCAAUCUGCGAUUAAUCUCCUGCAGGACGACGUGCUUGUGGCCGACCCCGGAACUAAAUGUCACUACAGCAACCUGGCCUUCUCGCUGCUGGCCCACGUGAUGGCCGAGCGUGUCGCCAGCGUGGACUACCAGCGCUGGAUCACAGACAACAUCCUGGAGCGUCUGGGCAUGGAGGACACCGGCUUCGACAUCACACCGGGCCUCCAGGUGGCGGUAGGCGUGUACUCCAAUGGAAAGCCCGCCCCCCUCUACGACCUGGGCUGGUACCGGCCUUCGGGGCAGAUGUUCUCCACGGCGGCCGACUUGGCCAAGCUUGCCAUGAUGCUGCUGGGGGCUUAUCACCGCAAGCUCCUGGAGCCCGACUCCUUGAAGAUCAUGCUCACGCCGCUCUUCCGGUGCGACAAGGACUACUUUGCCAACCGCACGGGGACACCCUGGGAGGUGAACGAACUACUGGGCUACGAGGUGGUCCGCAAAGACGGCGAUCUGGACGGCUACUCGGCCACCUUCUCUCUGGUGCCCCGCUUGAAGAUGGGCCUGGUGGUGCUGAUGGCGGGGAGCAGGUCCCAGAAGCAGGACGUGGUGGCCAAGGUUUACCAGCAAAUCAUCCCCGCUGUAGAAAAGGCCUUCAGGGAGGCCACCAGGGUCCUGGUUGCGCCCCCCAACCCGGAAGCGUACACAGGGUUCUUCACCUACGGCAACAUCACCUUCUACGAGAUCAGAGCUGGCGCCGACGGCGUUCUGACCAUGCAGCAGUUCGGCCCUCAGAUCGAAGAGCUUAUACCGGAAAAGUACCGCACGAUAAAGCUCAACUACCUGGUGGAGCGCGUCUUCAGGGUGGCGUUCGAGAGGGACUACCCUUGCGUCCUCCGAGUGGGCUCGGCCUCCGUGUCCCUGGAAGCGCAGGACGGACAGCUGUUCAACUUCUACACCUACGACAAGCGAGGCCUCUCACCCGGGUUCGACGCACCGGGGCUGAACACGUACAACGUGGUGCGGAUCGCCCGCAAGCCCUCCUUCACCAGCUGAGGAGUGGGACAUGUGGACACUUGGAGAAUAUGUUUCCUCGCCUCAAACACUCCAUCUGUUCUCUCUCUCCUCGCCAAGUCCUCAAGGGGAGACGGAAGCAUUUUUAAUUUGUUGACGUUAUUUUCCCACAUUAUUGUUGCAAAUGCCACUCCCGUCUUUCAUUGUCCGUGACAAAACAUCCGUGGAAUUUGCAUAAACUCACCUGCCACAAUUUGAGGUCAACGAGAAGAUCUGCAUGAAGAAGUGUGCCUUUACGAAAAUAAUAUUGCUGUCAGAGAGGGUUUUAUUUGCAGGCUUUUUAUUCGCGGCGCUUUACUUUUUCCACGUUUUUGGCCGUCAGGGCCAGCAAGACCUUCUCUGCAGGCCUAUUAACCAGAAAUCACAAUCAAAGAUAAAAUUAACUUUCCCUAAAUAUCUAAAAGUAUUCAUAUUCUUUUCAUGUCAUUUUAUGCUCCUUCCAGUGGUGUUGUUUUUAGGUUAGAGUUUUUAUCCAAUCAGAAUUCAACUAGCUUAUGUUGCUAUGCUGCGCCAAAUCUGCUUUCAGAAUCAACAAUGUUUGUGCACUGUAAGUGAAGGACACAUACAAUUGAGAGACAAUUGCGAUAGCCAAUCAGAUCACAAGUUGUUGACAGUAGCCUAUCUAGGUAGCCUGAUGUUAACGAGAUUGUGAUUGGAUACUCACUUGUCACUCAAAAGGGAGUAUUCAACCACAAGUUGCAAUUUACUAAAGCAGGAAGUGCUGACAGACAGAUACAUUUUUAACCCACAAAGAAAGAGAACGAAACGUUGAUUAAGUGCCAGAUAUAUGUUUGAAAGGUCAUCUUCAAGAAGUAUAUUUAAAGAGAAACUACAUCUUGUGAGACCAUGUCGGCCAAUAUGGAAAUGUUCGCCAUUUCCCCUUGAAUCAACGAUGGGUACCACUGGGUGCAACAAAUUGUGUGCUAAAUUAUUUUAUUUCUUUUUUUUUCUCACAUUUAAUAUGUUUUUUACAGUUUUAAUUUUGACAGUACCACAUAUUUUAAUUGCUGAUGCGGGUUGAUUGAUUUUUAAGUGCGCCAGAAAUUAAGAGGGGUAAUCAUUGAAGUCGGACAUCACUGAAGGACUAGGUGGGAAACACUUGACCCGCCACUUGUUUUCAGCCUUAUUCCAAAAUGGAAUCAAUUCAUUUUUGACUCAAAAUUCUACACACAAUACCCCAUCCAUCCAUUCAUUUUCUAACACCUUUUUUUUUUCAAAUUUAUUUAAAAUAAAAAACUAAAAAAAAACUAAUAAAAAGUUGGAAUACGCCUUUAACGUAACAAAAUGUGAAAAAAGUCAAGCGCUGUGAAUGAAUGGACUAUACCAACAGCCCUUUGAGACACUAGUGAUUUAGGGCUAUAUAAGUAAACAUUGAUUGAUUGAUUGAUUGAUCCCAAACUACGGCCCGCCAGCGUCCAAUUUUUUUUUUUUUUCAAAUUAUACUUUUUUUUUAUCUGUUCUUUCUAAUCAAUUUUCUACUGCUUGUCACUCUUGGUGUUUCCAAGCUGUUCAGGCAAAUCAUAUUUUUUUCUGAAAAUGCAUUAUUCCAUUGAUAACUUGAAACUCAUGGAGCGAAUGCCUAGAGUGAGCAAAACAUUAAUCAGAGCAAAGGGUGGCUAUUUUGAAGAAACUAGAGUAUAAAACAUGUUUUCAGUUAAAUCACCUUUUUUUGUAAAGUACAAAACUCCACAUGUGUUCAUUCAUAGUUUUGAUGCCUUCAGUGACAAUCUACAAUGUAAACAGUCAUGAAAAUAAAGAAAAUGCAUUAAAUAAGAAGGUGU